GUACGUUCGUCUUUAGGUUAAGAAUUGCCCUAGAGAUGGCUAUUGCGCUAAAAAAAUCAACAACAACACUACAAGUGGUGAAUAACCAAGGAUCGCAGAGUGUCUGUUAUUUGCGCAACUGUACGGUAUUUGAACACGUUUGUACCCAAGUAGCUGAUGGAACGAGUUCAUGGGUAAGACGGUUAGCCACCGUAUUCGGCGUAUUCCUCCUUGGCGCCUCGGAACGGGGAAGCUCGCACAUCCCGGACACCCUGAGCUGCUGUGCUGUUACUUUGGUUGUGAUGUCGUCGAUGGAGAAUUUAGAUCAGAUAUCCCAUCAUCGAAAUAAUAUAUGCGUCACUUUCUCCCGUGCGAACUGCAAUCUCGCAGCCAGCAAGAUGCAUUCACAAUCCGCCAUGACUGACUACUUAAGUACUCAUCCAGGCAUCACUUGUAGCACGUACACGGAACAUGUCAAGUUAUCUCCUAGAAGGAACUAG